GAAAAGCAACAUUGAGUUUGAUAGUUGAAUAGUUUUGAGAAGUACUUCGCGAUUGUAUUCGUAGUAAACAUUUCGCUUAAGAAUGGCAUUAGUUUGUGUGUCAGAUUUUGAAUUAAAAGCAAAUUUAAAGCUGGAGAAGAAUGCUCUGGACUAUUACAAGAACGGAGCUGGAGAGCAAGUGACAGUUGAGCUAAAUCAUGAGGCGUAUAAAAGACUGCGUCUGCGUCCUCGCUUUCUGCGGGAUGUUUCCCACUUGGAUGUGAGUUGUGAGAUCUUUGGAGAGCAUCUUCAAUGGCCUUUGGGGAUCGCACCGAGUGCGAUGCAGAAAUUGGCACAUCCCGAUGGCGAAAUUGGCAUGGCACGUGCCGCGGGCAAAGCCGGAUCGAUCUACAUACUGAGCACACUCUCCACGACUUCUCUAGAGGAUUUGGCUGCAGCUGCUCCCGAGACUUGCAAAUGGUUCCAGCUCUACAUCUACAAAGAUCGUUCGGUGACUGAGCAGCUGGUGAAACGCGCUGAGAGAUCCGAUUUCAAGGCCUUGGUUGUCACCAUCGACACGCCCAUCAAUGGGGAUCGUCGUGCAGAUGCCAAGAACAAGUUCUGCCUCCCACCUCAUCUCUGUCUGGCCAAUUUCCAGGGCGAGAUGGCCCAGGGAGUCGUCUCGGCCAUGGGUGGAUCGGGCCUCAAUGAAUAUGUGGCCAGUCAUUAUGAUCCCAGCAUCACCUGGAAGGACAUCAAGUGGUUGCAGCAACUCACACAUCUGCCCAUCAUCCUCAAGGGCAUCCUCACAGCCGAGGAUGCGGAAUUGGCUCGCGAUCACGGUUGCUCCGGCAUCAUUGUCUCCAAUCAUGGAGGACGACAACUGGACACCGCUCCAGCCACAAUUGAGGCACUUCCUGAGAUCGUCGCAGCCGUGGGCAAGGAUCUUGUGGUCAUGUUAGAUGGCGGCAUCAUGCAGGGCAACGAUAUUUUCAAGGCUCUCGCUCUCGGCGCCAAAACCGUCUUCAUCGGCCGUCCUGCUCUCUGGGGAUUGGCCACCAACGGUCAGGCUGGAGUCGAGCAACUCCUGAGUGUGAUGAGAGAUGACUUUGAGAUCACCAUGAAACUAACGGGUUGCCCCACCUUGGCAGACAUUAAGUCCACGAUGGUGGUGCACGAAUCCUUUUACUGGAGGUUCUAAAUUGACCCACCCAACCA